AAUUGCAUCAAUCUUUCACGUCACUGAGGGAACGCGGUGUGCUCUGUUAGUUCUGGCAAACGAACUUAUGUCACUUCAAGUCGACGCGAAGCAACAGUGAAGUACGCUAUAUUCGGAUCUACUGUUAUACGCAUUACAAACAACAACCCAAAAGAAAAAAAUGAAAGGUGUGUUAUUCAUAGUCAAACACGACAAAAACACCCGACGGGUAUGCAUUAGGCCUACUUUGCAUUGAAACACGACGUGGCAUUCUUUAACCCAGCUUUGAGGGAUUUUCAUAAUCACGCGCUUCGAGAACCAACGUCAUUUCCAGGUCUUCUGCCGAAGCCGCGUGGUGGUGUAAAUAGAGGCUCCUUUAUAACAACGCCGGUGUAGCAGUAGUCUGGGCAAUCCCUGCAUGACCCUUUUUAUGGGUUAUCUUUAAGAUCCACGUCAGCAGAUAUAGCACUACAGGGCCAAGUUACAGACCUAUAUCGAAAAUUAAAAAGAACGCCCAAAAGCAAGCCGAAAAUGACCAAUCCAGUGCGAGUUCUUAUUUGUGGCGGCGGCAAUGCAGCGCACGUGAUGGCUGGCCUGGCCGCCACGAGGCAGGGAGUCGAGGUCCGAGUUCUCACUAUUUUUGCCGACGAAGCAGAUAAAUGGACAGAAGCAAUGAAAUUAAGGGGAUUUAACGUUAUCAUCAAAGGUCACCGAGGUCAACCGGAUAUUGAUCUACAGGCAAAUCCGUUCACUGUUUCGAAGUACCCGGAAGAGGUAGUGCCCGGAUGUGAUUUAGUUGUAUUUGCAGUGCCAGCCUAUGGGCAUGCGCAGUACCUUAAUGCAAUGAAACCAUUCCUCAAGCCAGGCAGCUUAUUGGUUGCCUUGCCUGGCUCUUCUGGUUUCGAAUUCGAAGUAAAUGACGUCUUAAAAGAUGUUGCAAAAUCUAUAUCAGUGAUGACCUUUGACACACUACCCUGGGCAGCAAGACUCAAGGAGUACGGCCACAGCGUAGAAGUAUUAGGCAUAAAGAAAGUAAUCCACGGAGCUCUUCACGGGAAUUGUGAAACGGUAUUCCCUCAUGACAGAAACGCCGUAGAAACUCUUCAAUAUCUUGUCGGUGAGGUGCCCGUUCUAGACGUUAGCGGCCAUAUCCUGGGAAUCACCCUCCUGUCUCCCAAUGCUUACGUCCAUCCCACUAUGAUGUACGCCGAGUGGGCUAACUGGGAUGGUCAGCCGGUGUCCAGAGCCCCUCUGUUGUACCAUGGGGUCACGGACAGCUCCAUCAAGGAAAUGACCCAAGUUCACGAAGAGGUGGAAGGAUUGGCCAAGAGAAUCAUGGAACUCCGCCCCAACGUUGACCUCAGCAAAGUAAAAGGUCUGUUCCCUUAUAUUCUGGAGAUCUACGAAGAUCACAUUUUAGACAAAAGUAAUCUGAAGACCGCGUUUCUCUCAAACACCGCCUACGAGGGACUUCGGUUCCCAAUGGUUGCCACCGAAGACGGGAAACUUAGCCCGGAUUUCAACAAUCGCUAUCUCUCCGAGGAUAUCCCAUACGGCCUGGUUGUGAUUCGAGGUAUUGCGGAAAUAGUCGGCGUGGAUACUCCGCACAUAGAUAAGGUAUUGCUGUGGUCACAAGAGAAGCUGGGGAAAGAGUUUCUAAUCGAUGGGCACAUAGCCGGAAAACAUGUGCCUGAAUCGCGCAGUCCUCAGGCCUACGGGAUGACCACAUUGGACGAGAUUCUCUGGAUGUAGUGACGUUUAUGUGAUUUUCCUGACCUUUAACCUUUCCGCUUCAUGAACUGCACCGAAAGGUCGUUAAAUGGCGUUUGCACAUGUUGAAAAGACAUGUUUAUGUUGCAGUCUGUCUCGAACAUUUACACGGGAACUGUAGUCCUGUAGAUAUGUGUAGGUGUAGCUUGUUUGAUUUGUUUUAUUUUUCAUCAGAUAUUCAGGAGGGGAAAAAGGGCAGCUUUUGAUUGCAUAUUAUCUUUGAAGUUACGAAAAUUAUUUUUAGAUUUAGUAUAAUUAUGUGAAAUUGAUCCAGAUUAUGAGUUUGGAUAUAAAACGUAGUUUGAUAGCUCUGUUUGACGACUGAGACAAUCUGCCCUUUUCUAUUUUGCAAAAGUGUAAAAUGAAUUGUAUUUUGGGAAGUUAAACCGACUGGACAUUGAAUACCAAAUCAGGCAAUGAUUCAUUUUAACACUGCAACGCGGAUCAGAUGAAAACGUCUGAUAUUUAUUUCAGUAACAAUUGUUAAAUAUAAUGCUCAUAAUAUACUGCCAACAUCAGGCCCAAAUUGAGCAGUUAGUUGUAAACCAUGGUCUUAAUGAUGAUAAUAUUUGAGCACAAAAAAUCGUAGUAAAUAUAAUGUGGGUUUGGCAAUACUCCCAUUGUCAACGUGUCAGUCUUUUUUGUGUGGUUUGACCACGUAUUAGUACUCCAAUAAUGUUUCUGGUGUGUAUUUUUUUAUAUAUUUUAUUGGAAGACGGUACUUAUUUAUGUAUAGCAGUAUAUUAGUUUUUUGAACGAGGCAAAUUUCACAACCAAAGUCCAUACCUAGCUUCUUUAAAACAUGGCUGAUGGCACAAUGUCAGGUCUAUAAAGACAUUAAAUCAUUCGUCUGGUGACUUUUAUUGAUGUAAGUGACAUGUAAAUAAUUUUAUACGUUUUACAGUUUGUUCUCUAUUUAGUCAUUGGCAUUAUAUAAUUAUGCAGAUCGUCUACCUUGUUUUCAUUCAAAUUGCUCAUUAUUUACUGUAUCAACGUGUUUGUAUUGUUUGACAAGUGGUGAAUUAUAUGGUCUAUUUUAUUAUCUUGAAAAAAUGUUUUUAUUGUAUACCUAAAGGCUACAAAAUUAAGAAUGACGCGACUGAGAGGUCGAGUUUUUCCUUCUGUCUGCCACGUUCUUGUUAUACAGUCACUGUUUUGUCCUGUAAUUCUCUGCUUCUAUUUUGCUUUUUACAGGCAGAGCUCUGUCUCUCUCUUUUACAUAUGAAUUUCAAGACAAUCUAUUUGGUAAGUCUUCUUCACUUUUCAUUUCCCAUUGACGCCUAUUUAUCGGUGUUUGGGGUGAAAAUUAAUCCCAUUUUUACAUUGCAUUAUUGAUUCAUUGUCUCAGUAAUAUGAGAUGUAGAAUUACACACCAUCCAUAAAGUGAACAAAAAGAGCACUGAUGACUAAUAAGCCUGAAAAGCAGAUAAUUCUACUUCCGAGCGUAUAUAGAAUUUGGUGUAUCAAUAUGCAGUAUAUUAUAUACGACUAAUUACUGUAGUCACAUGUAUUGCUACAUGCAUUUCAUAAAAGAUUCACGCCGGCAGUCUAAAUAAAUAUGUCGUU